AUGGCAAGAAACCACCAAGUGCAGAAGGCCAAGCUGGCCGAGCAGGCUGAGCGCUAUGAGGACAUGGCGGACUUCAUGAAGGCGGUGGUGGAACAUGGGGACGAGUUGUCCAACGAGGAACGCAACCUCCUCUCCGUCGCCUACAAGAACGUGGUGGGGUGCCAGCGCUCGGCGUGGAGGGUCAUCUCCAGCAUCGAGCACAAAACCGAAGAGGGGGACGACAAAGCGCAGCUGGUGAACGAGUAUCGGGAGAAGGUGGAAAGGGAGCUGAAUUGCGUCUGCAAGAACGUCCUGGCCUUGCUGGACAAGUAUCUCAUCAAGAAGGCGAGCGAUGCUGAGAGCAAGGUCUUCUACCUGAAGAUGAAGGGCGACUACUUCCGAUACCUGGCCGAGGUGGCCACCGGGGACGACCGCAAGAAGACGAUAGACAACGCCCAGGAAGCCUACCAAGAGGCCAUGGACAUCAGCAAAAAGGAGAUGCAGCCCACGAACCCCAUCCGCCUGGGGCUGGCGCUCAACUUCUCCGUCUUCCACUACGAGAUCGCCAACGCCCCCGACCAGGCCAUCUCCCUGGCCAAGACCACCUUCGACGAGGCCAUGGGGGACCUGCACACGCUCAGCGAAGACUCCUACAAGGACAGCACCCUCAUCAUGCAGCUGCUCAGGGACAACCUCACGCUAUGGACAGCCGAGUGCGCCGGAGAAGACGGCGGCGAGGCUGGCGAAGAGCCCAAGAACUGA